GUUGUAAAUUCACGAAUGGCUGCAAGAAAAUUUAGGAUUUUUUUAGCGUGCAUCAGUUGCAAAUAUUCCAGGGUACGUUCAAGUUUAUUGCAUUUUUAACGAAUUUCACGUGUUGCCAAAACGCAGGCAAUCCUUUCAUUUAGAGAAAAGAAUGAAUCUUAAAACUUUUAUGGCACUAACUGUCUUGAUAGCAGCGCUGCAGACAGGCAAAUCUUCCCAAAGUCAACGGAGAAGUAGGGAAUUCGAGGUUAAAUCACCUCAAUCGAAUGUUGCUGAAACAAUAGACACCAAUUAUCAAACACUCACCUCAAAAGUUUCAAGCAUGGUUACUGUCCUUAAUUCCUGUGAACGAGAGAGGGACAUGUUAAAGAAACUUGUAAACGGGGGGAAAAAGAACAACGAAGAAACAACUUUAAAAUUAAAGGCACUGAUUAACGCUUGCGAACAAGAAAGUAGCAAAGCAAACGCGAUCGCCGACCAGUCACUUAGAAAACUCGAAGAAGAACACAAACUAUUGUUCAAUUACAUGGUUACCAGCGAACUGGGUACUCCUUAUCCAGGCGUGGCAAAAUAUACGAAAUACAUUGCUACGCGUUUUAGGAUGCAACCGGUAACACAACAUCAAGCGUUGAAACCUGAAUUUGGUCCAGUUAUGAAUGACGUAAUCAAUUGUCGGUACCGGACCAAUAUUCCGAAAUGCAUGGAAGUUGCAACAGGCAAUGACCAACGACCAAGUAUUUUUAUAGCAAUAAUAUCGGCUGCAGAAAAUUCAAGGAAACGCAAUGCCAUUCGCAAUACGUGGAGACAGCACUUGAGAACUGUGCGGGAUAAGCGUGGGUUCUAUUUUAUACAUUUCGGAUUUUUCUUGGGAAUUCCGAACGACAUGGCGGCGCAAAAAUUGAUAGAAGACGAGACCAACACUCACAAGGACAUUAUUCAAAUUGAUAUGCAAGAUAGUUAUAGAAACCUAACCCUAAAAGUGGCUGGCGUGCUCAACUGGAUUAACGGAAACUGCAAAGCCGCCAACUUUGUUUUUAAAGUUGAUGACGACAUUUACGUCAACGUUCAUAAUCUAGCUUACUUUGUCGAACUGAACCGACAGGAGAGGAAUAUAUUUGGUAGAAUUCCUCGAGAUCGUUAUGACAACAACUGGGGUCCGAUGAGAGAUGGACAACAUGGAAUCUCACUAGAUGCCUGGCCGUGGACAACAUAUCCUGAUUACAUUCAAGGGAGUGCCUACCUCAUACACGGAGAUUUGAUUCUUCCAUUGCUGGCUGCUUUCCAGACCACACCCAUGAUACCUUUCGAGGAUGUUUUUCUCACGGGUAUUGCUGCAGAGAAAGCCGGAAUCAAGAAAAGGUUUUCACAGGAUCAACCAAGUAUUUUGGCAAAUUAUGCGGUGGACGAUGUAUGCGACGCGCAUAAUUUUAUCGCAUGGGUUGGUCAAUCGUUGCCUCAUCAGGAAGUCGACAAUUUCUACCGCGGAGCAUCUGUAUGCUAUGUGAAAAACUCUCUUGGAAUGAAAACUAAAGUCGACUACGCUAACGCACUACCAUUCAGAUUCUCCGCUUAAACAAAAGAGUCUUUGAGUUUCCCGUCUCUUUAAUAUUCUACCACGUAUUUUAAGAUUUCAUAAUUAACCCAUUUUCGUUUGUUGCCUCAGUUGGAUCUGCACGGGCAUAAAGGAAAUAAAAAUAUGUGUAACUGAACCACUA